AUGGUGCUGUAACCUCCUGAAGAACCCAAGCCAAAGCCAUGGUUUCAAUCCACUUCUCUUCUACUCUCCACCGUCUGAAACCACCACCGCCUCAUACCUCUCAGCUCUGCAACCUCAAACCCUCUUUCCUCUCCAAAAGCAACAAAUCCCCAAACACGAGGAAGAGGAUCGGCACCAGAUACGGAACGUGCAGAGCGGAGUUCUCAAACGACGCACCGUUUGCUGCAGCCAUCGGCGCCUGCAUGCUCUCUUCUCUGGUUCUUCCGGUCACUACUCCAGAGGACGAUGGCGGCGGCUCGCCCAUGGAUUCCACCGAUGCCAGGUUUGCAGUCAUGGGCAUCGUUAGCUUCAUUCCCUACUUCAAUUGGCUGAGUUGGAUUUUUGCGUUUCUGGAUACCGGGAAAAGGCGUUAUGCGGUGUAUGCGCUUGUCUACUUGGUUCCCUACCUCAGGUCGAAUUUGUCAUUGUCUCCUGAGGAGAGCUGGCUGCCUAUUGCUAGCAUUGUUCUAUGCAUUAUUCAUGUCCAGUUGGAAGCCAGUAUUAAAAAUGGAGAUCUUCAGGGCUUUCAAUUGUUUAGCGAGGCUGCAAAGCAUACUUCAUUCACGAGUAGAAAGAAAGAUCUGACUGGGCAUGAAGGGACCUCUGAGGAGGGGAGGAAAAGAGAAAAUAAGAACCUGCCAUCCAGCGAAGAGAUUGGGAGGUGGGGAGUUCCCAAGAAGCCUUUACAAGAUCAUGAACGCUCGAAUGAAGAUUGGGAUGAUGAUGAAAGAAGCAAACACUAGAAGGUCAGACCGUGUUCAGAGUUGCAGGCAAGCAAUUUGAAUUGCAGAACGUGGCUUUUGUGCCCAGACAAAAAUGUAGUGAAUGUUGACCACGACUGCAAGCUCAGCGCAUAAGGGAGAGUCAAGAGGGAUACCACAAUUGUCCGAUAUUACCGGCAGCACACUGUUAUAAAUCAUACGAUGCUUUCACAUAAAGAAUGUAGAAUGUAGAAUCGGUUUGCAGACCAUCGAAAUGAAUUUGUUAUGUAUAGGUCCUUUUAGCAUGUCGCACAUUCUGGAUGGCUUUUUCAUUUUCGACUCUGGUUGGCUAAGGGCCAUGGUUUUUUAUUUAUUAAUUGGGUUGUUUUAUUUGAGGAAAUGAGGAAUGAAAAUGAAGCACAGUAACAUUACCAAGAAA